AUGAUCUCGACGCUCGAGCUCACGAAGGCGGCGUCGCAGAAGGAGGGCUCCCACUACGGCGCGACAAAGGGCUCCGACGCGACCGAGGGCCCGCCACCCGACGCGACGCAUUCCGAGCGCUUCCGCGACAAUUUGUUUGCCUUUUUAGAUGGCCCUUGCAUGUUUAAGGUGAACAUCGCGAACAUCAUCAUUAUUAUCGUGAACGGCGCGUUCUUCUUCUGCCUGCUCGUCGGGAUGCAGACGAUGUGCACGCCCCUCCUAAACUGCCAGCCGCGGAACUGGUGGCUGAACUGGUCGAUCCAGCUGCUCAACGUGAAUUUCACGUUCGGCGCGCUCGUGGCGCUGCCGUGGCGCCUCGCGAAUAGUUGGCACCUCUGGGGCCUCGCGUGUCCCGGCCGCGCGAACGACGACGGUCUCGACUUGUACGGCCGCGAGACGGAGGAGAUCUGGUUCCACAUCCCCAAGAACCACCGCCGCGGCAUCAACGCGAUCUUCCUGGGCAACGCGGUCUCGCAGUUCGUCAACCACGCCAUGCGCUGCGUGUACCACACGUACGCGACGUCGAACGAGAUGCCCGGCCAGGUCCUCGUGAACGUCUUCUUCAUCCUGGCCUUCGUCCUCGCGGGGUGGGGCGCGGUCUACCUCGCGCGGCGGGAGGCGGCCCUCCGGAAGGCGCAGCCCGGGCGCUGGGCCGACCCGUUGGGCGACGCGAUCAAGGCGGCGCGGGCCUGGUGCCGGGAGCGCUGUGGCGGCGACGCCGACGCGGCCGAGAAGGAGCCCCUCGUCGAAAAUCGGUCGUCGAGCCGCGGCGACGACGCAUAG